GUGACUUACCUGAAGCAAUACACUUUCUUAACUAUACUGUAUAACCGCGUCGGUGAACACCUGUCAGUGUUCAUUGUCACAGUCUCGUCCCGCGCAGCCGACCGACGUGUACGCCGGCCACGAUGUCGGACAGCAGCCACUUGCUUGGCCCAAGUCCUCGACCGUCACUUGACAGCCAACGGUCCUCCUUCUCUCUACCAAAUGGUACGAACGGUACCACGGAUGGCGCAACACAGGAUGCCGAGGAAGACCUCGACCCAAUACAGAGGCUGCAGCGCGAGCUCGAGCGUACCAAGGAGGAGAAGGACACGCUUGCGACGCAAUAUCGCAACCUUCUUUCGAAACUCACGACGAUGCGGACAACACUGGGGAAUAAGCUCAAGCAGGAUGCCGAAGAACUCGACCGGCAGAAUGAGCUCGUGCAGCAGCUGUCCGCGCAGAACGAGGACCUCGCCGCGACGGUCGAGACACUGAAGUCCGAGCUUGUUGCUUCGAAUGAGGAGGCGGAGCGCACGUCGCGGGAACUCGAAGUGAUGCGAAGCCGGACGUUCCAGGAUAAUGCGCAGGAGACGUACAUGCGCGAACGGGAGCUGCGCGAAACACAAACAGAGCUUGAGCAAUGUCGGAUGGAGCGAGACGAGUGGGAGCAGAAGGCGCUGCAGGAGCACGUUUCGGCGGAUGAGGCUCGGACCGCGCUGGCGAACCUACGGAGAGAGUUGGAGAUUGAGCGGACGGCACGGGAGAUGACAGCGACAGAGCUAGCAGUGGAGCGAGAGAAGUGCGUCAAUCUGCAGUCGGUACUGGAGGAUUUCCAGGCAGCAAAGGAUCACGACCUGAAACAAGCAACGAAGGAAUACGAAUCUCAAAUAGAGAAGACCACUCAGUCUCUAGCAGAGUACAAGAGUCGUGCAUUGAAUGCUGAGCUCCAGCUGCAGGAGUCGUCCACAAGCAGUUCACGAACACAAGAGCUUGAAAGGGAGGUCAAGGAGAAACAACUGCUCAUUGGCAAGCUCCGGCAUGAAGCUGUAAUCAUGAACGAGCACCUCAUGGAGGCUCUCCGUCGCCUACGGCAGUCCUCAACGGAUACGAACGUAGACAGACGAUUAGUCACAAACGUGCUGCUCUCCUUCCUCAACACGCCUCGGGGCGAUCCAAAACGCUUUGAGAUGCUCUCGCUCCUCGCUACCAUUCUCUCUUGGACGGACGACGAGCGAGAACGAGCGGGCAUCCAACGCAGAGGGCCUGCACCCGCUAUGUCAGCAGUAGCGGGGUUCUUCAGCCGUGGCUCUCCAACACGAACGAGGAACCUCGAGCUCGAGAAGACAGACGAGACAGAGUCGUUCUCUCGCCUAUGGGUCGAGUUCCUUCUCACGGAAGCAGCCUCCGGAGAGGAGGGGCGUUCCAGCUCGUCACCACCCGCGAAGUCCCCGCGGAACAACUCCCUCCCGAACUCGCCCACACGCAGCACGCCCCGCCAGCCCAGCCUCCUCUCCCCACCCGAGCUCAGAGGCACGAAGCGCCUGCCAUCGUUCACGGGCGCAGCGAUGGCAAGUAGCCCGAACCUGGUACUGCAGCCACCGCCUCAGGGAAAGGGGAAGGAAAGAGCGGACUUCUGAUUAUUGGCUUUUCAUAUUUUACUUGGACAUAUUUAUUUCUAGUGUGUACAUUCAACAUGUUAUAGCGGGUAAUUGCAUGCUAUCCAGGAGCUCUAUUAGUAGUGGGUGAUCGCGUGCCCAUCUCGAUACGUGUGCAGAGUCAUCCACGAUUGC